AUGAGAUUUAUCAAAUACGUAUGCCGAGGAGUUCCUCUCUCCACGAGCCCGUAUCACAUCUCAAAGGGUGGUCUUGCAAAGACGGAGACUUCUUCAUACGAUGUGUUCCCUCAUCUUCUUCUGCAACUUGCACCGGCGUCUGUUUUGGUUUAUUCCUCCUCUACAGCAACCCCAUAUGAUAAUAAUGGUGUGACUCGCCGUUGGCGUUAUCAUCGAAAAAUGUCUGGUUCCGUGCAUUCACCUUUCAGCCUUGCUCUUCGUCAUUCUGCUACCGUGGCGAGAUCACCUGGAGAAGCGAGUGGAAGAGGCGGAGAAAUGGAGGAGGCGGAAGCGCUACUGCGAGAACGAUUCGGUCCUCAGGCUAAACUGGUGCUUCGACGCUCUCCAAAACGUCACGUCCGGCGUAAUUCUUCUGCUGCGGCGGUUCAGUCCAUACAAGAGGGAGGAGACGGUGAAGAAGAAGAUGUUGUGGAGGAAGAGGAGCCUGUCGCCAGUGCUGUGGGAAGCACUGAACAUGAUAGUCAUUCAAGAAAUCCAGAAUCAUUACAAGACAACAUGGAGUAUAGGGCCUCCGCAACAUGUCGACUGCUUGGGUUUCCGGUUGAACUCGCAGCAGCAAGUGGUCAAGAAGCUCAAGAGGUUUUAGCGUAUGUGCUGAAUGAAGCACUUGGAAGUGAUGUGAUUUUUAUACAUCCACAGCAGAGGUUAUCUGCAUCAUCACAGAAAGGACGAGGUAGAUCUAGGGGUCGUGGUCAACAAAGACGGGGAGGUGGUUAUCAGCAACACUCAAAUACCUCUACCCUCUCACCACGACAGAUGGAGUUUAAGGCGAUUUUGGAUGAAUUAAGAGAGUUGUGUGUACACUUUAGUCGAGUGUUAAAGUUCUCUAUUAAGUCUCCCCAAGCCACACAUCAGAAACAACAACAAGAACAAGAAGGAGAGGAGAAAAAUGGAGGUGAGCGUAGUGCGAGGCAGCGUGAAUGGCGUUGCCGAGCCUAUGUGCGGGAUGAGUGGGGUGUCGCACCCAGUUUGACCUUCACAGGUGAAGCACGCGGUCAGUCCGCUAAUGAUUCACUUAUGCGCUGUUUUGCAAUGCUUAGGGAUCGUUACCGUAGCGAGCUGGACUCCGCCUUUGUGCAAUUGGAAAGUGUUCGUGAAGUGGAAGCUUUUGUGCAGCCAUGGGGUAAAACUGUCGAAAGUCAUUGUUUUGAGGAAAAUAACACAGAUGAGACAGAAUCAACAACGAAUGAAAAUCGAAAGAGUGGACAGAAAAAGAAGAAAAAUGUGGAUUCCUCACGAGAAUCAGAUGUCAUAGAGGGAGAGGAGACAGGGUCAUCAACGACAGUCUCAUUGGAGGAGCAGUACCGAGUUUCGCGACCGACAACAUAUACUGCUGCUGUUAUUGUAGAGGAUGCAGAAGGAAAUGUUUUUGUGAGUCAAGUGAAGCGUCAGUCUACACCUUUAAGUGCGUAUCAGAGCGCAUCUAUUCAGGCGCUACGCUCUGAGGCAUCUCUUUCAUCUGAUGUUACUAUUCUAGAUCAGACUCUUCCACCCUCACCUUUGCUUGUUCGCAUGCGAUGGCAGUUUGAUGCAAUGGUACAGUACUUGGCUCAACAACAAGGGAAACGACCGGAGGAGUUUGCUGAAAUUCGAAUUGAAGGAGAUGGUGGUAACAACAGCUGCGGUGGCAGUACUACUACUACUACUACUACUACUACU